AUGAAUGAAAGGGGAAAAGUUGCUUGGAAGAAGCCUGCUUGCUUUGGACAGAAUCCGAACACCCCAACAAGUGUAAACAGGACUGCUCUGGCUGCUGGUGCCAACCACUCCCAUGUAACACUUCCUGUAAACAAGAUUAUUGACAUCGAUGGAGUGAAAUCAGAAAAUACUAGGACGGCAACUGAAGAGUCAGAUGGGAACCUGAGUUUUGAAGGCUACAUUUCUGAACUGAAAGGUUGUCAAGGGAGAAUGCGCACUGGAGUUUAUCGGAUGUCGGAGUUGCCAUCACUGAUAACAGCGAAGAGUGACAAGAGUGGGCUGACGCAAAAGCUGGCAGUGUUUCAUGAAGACCCUCAGCACUGGACUCUGAAGGGAUUAGAUAGUGAUAACCAGACUAAUGCCAAUCUAACCUGCUCAGUGUUCACAGAUAAUGGCUGGCCUUGUGUGUUUCCCUUCCGGUUUGCGAGCAAGCUGCAUCGUACCUGUAUACCGCACAGAGUGACCAAUAGGAAAUGGUGUGCCACCACCCCCAAUUUUGACAAGGAUGAACAAUGGGGUUACUGUGAAUGGAUCCAGCCACUAACACAUGAUUAUUGUGAAAGUGACCCCUGCUGGCAUGGUGCUGCCUGUGUCAAUAUGCCUCGAUACAACUCUUAUCAGUGCAUCUGUAAAGACCCAUUCACAGGAAGGCACUGUGAGAAAGAAAAGUGCUUUGAAAGACAGCACCUGAAAUAUUAUGACUUUGGAAAGACAUGGAUGCGAAGUCUUCAUGGUGACAUUGAGAAAUGCAUUUGUACCGAGAAUGGGAUUCAUUCUGAAAUUGUAAGAUCCAAAGCUUGUGGGACCAACCCAUGUCUUCAUGGAGGGACCUGCCAUGAGGUGGAAGACAGCGGUGAGAGUGUAUGUGAGUGCAGUGAGAAUUACGUUGGGGAGUUCUGUGAAAUAGUGAAAUGCUUCGACAGUAGCCACUACAGGUACUUCCUUAUUGGGGAGCGCUGGGUCCGCAUUGUUGGAGACGAGGUGGAAAACUGUGUGUGUACUGGCAGUGGGCCUGAGUGUGACAGCGUUCAAUAUGAAGAGUGCAGGGUUAACCAGUGCCUCCAUGAUGGUCAGUGCCGAGCAGUCCAGGAUGCAGAGGAGAUUAUCUGCCAGUGCCGGGCUGGCUUUGCGGGGAAAUACUGUGAUAUUGACAAGAAUGCUACCUGCUAUGAGGGCAAUGGGAUGUCUUAUAAAGGUCCUGAAGAUGAGAGUGCCUUGGGUAUUGAAUGCUUACCCUGGAAUGAGGGCUUCCUGCAUGAUCACUUAAACAUUAGUAGCCUGGAAGGAGCUCUCCAGUUGGGUCUAGGCGACCACUCCUACUGCAGAAAUCCGGAUGGUGAUGAAAAACCCUGGUGCUACAUAAUGUUAGACAACCACGUGUCCUGGGAGCACUGCAAUAUCGCAAAGUGUGGUACAAUGAGUUUCUGGUCAAAGAGAAUUCGUCCUAUUGCAAGGUUUACAGGGUCAAUAUUUCCUCAACAAUCACCCUCAUGUGGGAAACAGGCUCAGAAGGGCCCAAAACCAAGGAUUGUUGGAGGCUCCUCAGCCUUGCCUGGCUCCCACCCCUGGCUUGCCGCCAUAUACAUCGGAAAAAACUUUUGCACUGGAUCCCUUAUAUUCUCUUGUUGGGUUGUUUCCGCUGCCCAUUGCUUCAUUGACAGUCCCCUUACAUCAUCAAUCCGAGUUGUGUUGGGACAGCAUCAUUUUAAUAAAACGAGCAAAAACACUCAAGUAUUCGAAAUUGAGAAAUACAUUCUACACAGCAAAUACAAUGUGUUUGAUGAAACCAUACAUGACAUAGCCCUUCUAAAGAUGAAGAAGAAAAAUAAGCGCUGUGCGACCAAGACCAGAUUUGUUCAAACACUCUGUCUACCGUCUGUGACUGAUUCCUUCCCAGAUUGUACAGAGUGCCAAAUCGCUGGAUGGGGACACACUCAUGAAAAUGCAACAACAUAUCCUUGCACUUUGCAGGAAGCCACAGUCCGCCUCAUUCCCCAAGGAUUGUGCAGCAGCAAUUUUCUCUACGGCACUGAAGUGACACCAAAUAUGAUCUGUGCAGGAGAAAUGAUGAAAUCUGUCGAUGCCUGCCAGGGAGAUUCCGGAGGCCCACUAGUUUGCAACAAAGGGAACACAGCAUAUCUGUACGGGAUCGUCAGCUGGGGGGAAGGCUGCGCUAAGAUGAACAAGCCGGGAGUCUACACAAGGGUUACCAAGUACAUCAAUUGGAUUUACAGGAAGAUCAAACAUAGACCAAAAUACAACCAGAAAGGCUAA